UUUGAGCUCUUGAGAUGGAGAAGCAGGCGUGGAUUCUGGACUGAGAUGAGGAAGUCCUGGAUGUGUUAAAUGCAGUGAGAUCAGCUGAAGAUCAGAUAUCUGGGCUGGAAACAUGAAGACGCUGCUGGCUUUGUGUUCGGUGCUGCUUCUGACUGGAAGAUGCUCGGCACAAACACCACAAAAAUGCCAAACUCCACGGCUGCUGUCUGGCUCUAUAAGCUUGAGCACUCAAGAUGACCAGGUCUGGGCAGUGGCCAAAUAUAUUUAUGAUGCUUUGGGCCAGCGCAUCCGUUUAUGGGAGACAGGUCAUGUUCAGAACAAAUCUUUGUAUGUGGAUUUACUGUUCCUGUUUAAAAAGGGUGUGGUUUAUACCAUCGACGACAGGAACCAGACGUGUCAGAAGAAUCCUCUCAGUGACCAGUUCCACCCCUUCCACAUUCCCCAUAAUGCCUCGCUGCAGUCGCAGGUGAUUCUGGGAGGAUCCUCAUCACGUAAGGAAGGUCUGCUGGUCAACACCUGGAAGGGAGAUGUACCUGAGAUCGGAGGUAAAUACCUGGCCACAGUCACAGGGUUCGGUUGCUUCCCAGUGUCCAUGCUGUACUACAGUGCAAGGACUGGAUGGAUCGCCACAACCUAUUUUAAUGCGGUGAAGGGGAUUGGGGACCCGGAGCAGUUGAAUCCUCCUCCGUUCUGCCCUGCUGCAGAGACUGAAGAUCAGAAACUCGAUUUCUUCAGCGCCUUCUUCUGAGGAAUCUGUUUAACACGCUGUAACGCUGGCACUGAAAUCACAUGCUAUGAUUUGAACUAUUCUAAACUCUAUUCUACUCUAAAGCACUUUUGUCACUUACAAAAGGGAAUAUAAACUUUCUUUUGUCUCAAAAACUAAAUCUGAAACUUCGUUCUAGCAUAAGAUUUCUGGAUUUUUUUUUUUAUUAUUUUUUUUACAUUUACAUUUACACUUUAGAUUCAUGCAUUUAGCACAAAUCUUACAAAUGUAUGCAUUUGUUUUAUCAAGGUCUCUGCAUGCAUUUUUCUAGGUCUGAAGGAACAAGACUUUCAAUGU